GUGAAUGUGGUUCCCAGUGAAUGUCAUCUGUCAUCUUGAAAGAAGAAGAUAGUAAACAAAAAUGAAUUUGGAGCUGUUGGAAUCUUUUGGACAAAACUACCCUGAAGAGUUCGAUGGUUCAUUGGACUGCAUUUCGCUGGCCGUGACGUGUGCCUUUAACAAAUACGGAACCCUUUUGGCCGUAGGCUGCAACGAUGGUCGCAUUGUUAUUUGGGAUUUUCUGACGCGGGGUAUUGCCAAGAUUAUUUCAGCUCAUGUGCAUCCCGUUUGCAGUCUCAGUUGGACCAGAAAUGGUCACAAGUUACUCUCGGCAUCCACGGAUAACAAUGUAUGCAUUUGGGACGUCUUAUCCGGUGAGUUGGAGCAAAAGUACAGGUUUCCCUCGCCCGUAUUGAAAGUUCAAUUCGAUCCUCGUAAUGACAACCGGCUUUUGGUCUGUCCGAUGCGAUAUGCCGCCGUUCUGGUAGAAAUAGGUGGAAGUCAUCGUUGUCUGCCCUUGGAUCCUGAUGGAGACUUAAACAUUGUGGCUUCUUUCGACCGCAGGGGUAAACACAUUUACACAGGCAAUGCCAAGGGAAAAAUACUCGUCAUGGAUGUGGAUACUUUUGAGGUGGUCGCAAGUUUUCGAAUUAUUGUAGGUACCUCAAGUGCAACGGCUGUGAAAAGCAUCGAAUUUGCAAGGCGCGGAGAUGCAUUCCUCAUCAACACGUCAGAUCGAGUUAUUCGAGUUUAUGACUCAAAAGAAAUUAUAACUCUAGGAAAAGACGGUGAGCCGGAACCUAUUCAAAAAUUACAGGAUUUGGUCAACAAAACCACCUGGAAAAAGUGCUGCUUUUCCGGCGAUGGCGAGUACAUUUGCGCUGGCAGUGCGCGCCAGCAUGCUCUUUACAUAUGGGAAAAGUCCAUUGGAAACCUGGUUAAAAUUCUGCACGGUACCAAAGGAGAGCUGCUCUUGGACGUAGUUUGGCAUCCAGUGCGACCAAUUAUUGCCAGCAUUAGCUCUGGUCUGGUAUCUAUUUGGGCUCAAAAUCAGGUAGAGAACUGGUCCGCCUUUGCACCGGAUUUCAAAGAAUUAGAUGAAAAUGUGGAGUACGAGGAAAGGGAAUCGGAGUUUGACAUUGCGGACGAGGACAAGUCAGUAGACCUUAACGCAGACGCGCAACAAGAUGAAGAAAUUGAGGUGGAUGUGCAGAAAGUAGAACCAGUAGCUGCCUUUUGCUCCUCGGACGAGGAGGGCGAGGACGAGAAUGCAUUGCAGUUUUUGCCAAUGGCGCCUGAGGUGGAAGAUCCCGAGGACGGCUGGACUGGUCAGGAUGGAUUAGAGGCCAGUGCAGUGUUACUUAGCUCUGAUCAGCAUGACUACGAGGACGAUAUCAUGGCUUCCAAGCGUCGACGAAUGCAACUCUAUGAUGUUAGCCUACCUGAUGCACCCACCGAUGAAACACACCCCCUCAUUUCCAGCAAGGCCGGUAAAGACAAACAGCAGCCCGUGGGUGGCAAAAAAGCCACGGGUCGUACCAAGAAAUAAAGAUGUUAAUAAAGGCAAUCAAGGAACGCUAAGCUGCCUUAGGGUUCCGAACUUGGCCAGCGAAAAGUA